AUGCUGGGCGGGGCAGGGCUGGCGUGGGAGAUAAUUUGGCUCUGGCUCGUGGUUGUGCUUGCUACGGACGUGGUGGGCUACUUUUUCCGCGCAUUGCAGGCGGCGUGGAUGAAGCGCCAGAUCAGCGUCACAGACCCUGCCAUUGCCAUCGUCAUGAGCGUCUUCCCCGUUCUGGGGCCACGGGUGGACUUGCUCAAGGAUUGUCUGUUUGCUGGCGCCGUGUUUCAGCUCGCGGCCUGCCAAGCGGACGGCUCAUGGAGACGCACCGUAGGCUUCUGCCUUGGGAACGCAGCGCUCCUGACAAUCUUCCUGCCGGCACCGGCCUUGUUCUGGUUCGCAACGACCAGGAGCGCGGCAAGUGCACCUUGCCACACUUGCCGGAAGCAUCACGGCCGCAGGGUCGCGCAGGCCAGUUAUGAGUGGCCCUCCCAGAUCCUCCCAGCAUCGUCCUUACAAAGUCUAAGGAGCUGUCUUUCGAAGCCCCAUAACCCUGAAGCUGCAUUUUGCAAGACAUCGGCGACCAUGCCUUCUGGAACUUGUCGGAUGCCUUGGGUUUGA